UAUAAAUAUGACCAAUUCCAUGAGCCACAACUGAAGUAGACUUUCGUUAUUUCUACCUCAAAAACUUUCUAAGCAUUGGAAGAUAGAAGAAUGAGUACGGCCAGGUUUAUCAAGUGUGUAACAGUUGGAGAUGGUGCUGUGGGAAAGACAUGCAUGCUCAUAUCCUAUACCAGCAACACGUUCCCCACGGAUUAUGUUCCAACAGUGUUUGACAAUUUUAGUGCUAAUGUAACGGUGGAUGGUAGUACGGUGAAUCUUGGUUUAUGGGAUACUGCAGGACAAGAAGAUUACAACAGGCUAAGGCCUUUAAGCUAUAGAGGAGCUGAUGUGUUUUUGUUGUGCUAUUCUCUCAUCAGCAAAGCCAGUUAUGAGAACAUUUCCAAAAAGUGGAUACCUGAGCUCAGACAUUAUGCUCCAAAUGUGCCUAUAGUGCUGGUGGGAACAAAACUAGAUUUGCGAGAUGACAAGCAGUUUCUGAUUGAUCAUCCCGGAGUCACACGAAUUACCACUGCUCAGGGUGAAGAAUUGAAGAAAAUGAUUGGUGCAGUCACAUAUAUUGAGUGCAGCUCCAAAACACAGCAGAAUGUGAAGACAGUUUUUGAUGCUGCAAUAAAGGUGGCAUUGAGGCCACCAAAGCCAAAGAAGAAACCACGCAAGAAAAGGACCUGUUUUUUCCUCUAAUAUUUCAUAUUCAUCCAACUCAUUUAUAUAGCAUUAUUGAAGCUCAAUGUUUUUAGUCUUUGUGAUCCAUAUAUAUAUAUAAAGAGCCUAUGAGUUUAUGGACUAUUUCUGAGAAGAACUUUAGGUUCCUAUCAAAUGAGAACUUUUAGUAUUGCAUUCUUCAAUUAAUUAUUUCAUUUUUCAAUAUCCAAUUAUGGUUAUGUAUUUUAGUACUUUUAUUGUACAAAAAGAGACCCCUCAUUUGAAUUGGGAA